UGUCCCCACAGAGUGUCACGCGGGAGAGGAAGUGCGCUCCCGACCCGGAAGCAGCUCGCGCACGGGCGGAAGUGAGACUAUGGCGGCCGGAUUCAAAACUGUGGAACCUUUGGAAUAUUACAGGCGAUUUUUGAAAGAGAACUGCCGACCUGAUGGAAGGGAGCUAGGUGAAUUCAGAACAACCACUGUCAACGUAGGUUCAAUUACUACUGCAGAUGGCUCUGCCCUGGUGAAGUUGGGAAAUACUACUGUAAUUUGUGGCAUUAAAGCGGAGUUUGCAGAACCCCCAGCAGAGUCCAAUAAUAAGGGAUAUAUCGUUCCUAAUGUGGAUCUGCCACCCCUCUGUUCAUCAAGAUUUCGGCCCGGACCUCCUGGGGAAGAGGCUCAAGCAGCUAGCCAGUUCAUUGCAGAUGUGAUUGAAAAUUCAGAAAUAAUAAUGAAAGAAGAUCUGUGCAUUGCACAUGGCAAGGAAUUGACUGUCUUUUUGAAGCACUGGAUCUUGCAUUUUUUAAAAACUAUUAGGCCUGUCACGGGGGCCUGGCGGAGCCUGGUGAGUCAGUGCAGGGUUGGUGCACCCCAUUACAUGGUCAUCAGGAUUCCCUGUCAAGUCAAACAGUUGCGGUCGGAGGACUCAAGACUCCUGGCAGGGCCGAGCAACCAAGCAGUCCGUAGACCCUGGGGUGGGGCAGGGCAGUGGAAGGCUUGGACUCUGUGGGAGGGCAGAGCAAAUGCUCAGUCUGUAGCCUCUGAGCCUCCUGGCUGGGGCAAACAAUAGCAGUUGGGUUUAUAUUGGGAGUGCCUGGUAGACAUGCCUAAUGGCACGUGCAAGGCGAAAUGCUGGGGGGAAGCAGGGGAACCCAGGCCCACCCUACUCCUCUGGGUUCCAACCUGUGAAGCAGUAAAUGCCCUAUUAAGGGUUCAAGCAUUGGCUUCUAACACAUUCCCUCAGUCACUUCUUACCAUAAGGCCCAUCUCAGGCAUUUCCUUGGCUGGCAAUGGCUCUGCAUUCCCGUCAGUCUCCAUGGUCAGCUGAUCUGGGUCCAGGGUCCUGGCAGCCUGGAGAGUCAAAGGUCUUGGUGCAUCAAAUGUUCUUCCUCUUCCUCAGUCAGCCCCAACUGAACUGGGCUGCCUCCUUUUAUUGUCCCUUCCACCUGGAGUAUGUGCAGCAGGGGCAAGAGGCAUGGUCUCCUGGGCCCACAGUGAUUGGUCAGCCCCCUUGGCCCAGAGUGGUGUUGAUACACCCUGUCACAUGGCCAAAUUUAGCAAAGCUGCAGGGAGGUGAAAAGGAUACCCCUGUGGUGUGCCUGCCCUGCUCACUGCACCAAUGGUCUGUUUACCCUUUGGAGUUUGUUUUGACUAGGAUUUAAAGGUGUGUUGUCAGAAGGUGUUAGCUAAAGUUAACUAAAACUCCAGUUUGGACAAGGCAGUGUAGAUGUUUAAAACAUGCUAAGCUGGCCAGGUUGAACCCUGGCUUUCUGCUUUUCAUUGAAAACCUGAAAAAUGUUCGUGAAAAUUUUUGGGAAAAAAAACUGUUUUUCAUUUUUCAAAAAUAUGUUAUGUUAAAAAUACUUACAAUUCUCCAGCCAGUUUUAAACCUGGAUAUCACUUACUUUUCCUAGAGGGAUGACAAAGACCUUGAAUUCCAAGGGGUGUGUUUUGUUUUUCCUUUGACAAUAAAGAGGCAUUUUGGGUAGGGAACAGAAGAGGUCCAUGUUGCAACUUUGAGCCACACAUCUUCAGUUCAGAUUUUUGUACUGAAGUCCUCUCUCCGUUUUCCUACUUUUUAAACUGUAUUGUCAAUGCCUCUCGCCAUGUUUAACUGCCGCUCAUACUAGUGGACAGCAAACUUUAUUUCAAACUGCAGAUCCAAUGCGCAUGGAGGACUGAUGGGCUGGAUUUGGCUUGUGGACUGUUAUGUUUUUAUGGCCAUGAAAAACACGUCAUGGACCAUGAAAUAAGCACUUCCCUGUGAAAUCCAGUGUCCUCAUGUUCCUAGGAUCACUCCAGCAAAGAGGGCUUCUAGCUUUGGCUGGGUUGGGGAGGGACAGGACUUGUCCAUCCCUGCACUGCUGGGGAGGGAGUGGGGGGAGACUAGGCCCUUCUCCAGGUGCCUCCCCUUGCUGCAGGACACUCUGGGACUGGGCAGCGGCCCCAGAGGUUCCUGCAGCUGGAGGAGGCUUCUGGAGUUGCAUUCAAUCUUCCCUGUACUGCUGGGAGCGCCCCAGCAAAGGGGGCUCCUAGCUGCUAGUCUGAGCAGGGCUGUGGGAGGAUAGGACUUGCUCUUUCCCUGCAGGGCUGCUCUUGGGUCUCCCCCAGCUGCAGAUAGUUCCGCACUCUCUCAUCCCCACUCUGUUCAGCUCUGAAGGCAGCACAGAAGUGAGGGUGGCAAUCCCAUGACCCCCUACAACAGGCUUGUGACCCCUCCAUCCACAAUUCUUUUUUGGGUUGCA